AUGUCAUCUUAUGUAACCAGUGAAACAUUUAUCAAAUGUACGGCCAGCUCCAUCGUCAACACAAAAACAGAGAGUUACUUUAAAGGGCAAGUAUUCCAACUGGAGCGAUGUAUCCUCCGGAGUUCCCCAGGGAUCGUACCUGUACCCAACGUUACCUUAACUUCCCCUGUCAGUGACACAGUCACAGUGAAACCAGGCGGCAGUCAGGUGUACACGUGUGUGACCGGAAGUUGUCGUCCUCCUGCCCGGAUAGACUGGUACAGGGAUGGUGUAAACGUCACAAAUCAGACCGGAAGUGUUAGUAAUGACGGUGACGAGUUUGUGACCACCAGUUCGUUUACACUGACCGGGGCCAAAGAUGACAGACCAGCCACUGUCCAGUGUAGGGGUAGUAACGUGGAUGGAAUGACCCCUGUCCAGUCCGGUGUUAAAACACUAGUUGUUCAAUUAUCGGCAGAGCCGAGUAUUGAUAUACAACCUUCCCCCGUUGCAAUGGGAACAAAAGGAGCCAUGUUGUGGCUGGCCUGUACGUAUGACCUGGACGGAGGGAUACUUGGACAACUACAGUGGAUGGAUGAGGACGGAGGUACUAUCGCCGCAGUCACUCCUACAGCUACACCUACAUGUUCUAUAUUAUCUCCUGAUAACUACAAUAUAGACUGUAACCUGGACUCUAAUGAAGUCAGACUGGGAAUCCUCAACCCUGUACACGGUGAUACAUACAGCUGUAGUGUCUACCUGUCCGGCUUCACACCAAUAGGACGAGUGUCAACACAGGUGUUUAUUAUUGUACCUGUACCCAACGUUACCUUAACUUCCCCUGUCAGUAACACGGUCACAGUGACACCAAGCGGCAGUCAGGUGUACACGUGUGUGACCGGAAGUUGCCGUCCUCCUGCCCGGAUAGACUGGUACAAGGAUGGUGUAAACGUCACAACUCAGACCGGAAGUGUUAGUAGUGACGGGGACAAGUUUGUGACCACCAGUUCUUUUACACUGAACGGGGACAAAGGGGACAGUCCAACCACUGUCCAGUGUAGGGCUAGUAAUGUGGACGGAAUGACCCCUGUCCAGUCUGGUUUUAAGACAUUUGUUGUUCAAUGCCUGCCAGAAAUACCUACCAAUUUCCAAGAGAUAGAAACCACUGAAACAACCAUUAUUGUACAAUGGACAGAAGGUUUCAAUGGCGGCGGCCCCCAGACAUUUGUCAUUCUUUAUAGACCAGAGGGAGGAACAAAGACAGAAACAGUAUCAGUGAUAGAACAACAACAGUCAACAUACACCAAGGAAAUAACGGGUCUGAAACCAAACACCAGAUACGAACUCAACAUGUACGCUUAUAGCGAAGAGGGGAACAGCUCACUCAGCAGUGUGGUGGAUAUUAUCAGUAAAACCAACCAAGAAUGUUCAUAUGAGGGAGAGAUGAUCUCGAAUCCCAAUGUGGCGUCCAUUGCACUUUUUAUAACAUCAUCGGUGAUGUUAGUUACCGCAGUGUCCUUGGUUCUCUGUAUUAUUUGUAAGUAUGCUUGAAUUAUUGAUGCGCCAUUCUCGGAAAUGACUAUUCAGGAUAGGUAACCUAGCGCUAUAUUUGCUCACCACGGAAAUUGAUGAAUGCGUCAUGCUUCAAAAUUCCUUAGAACAUGUAAUACAAGGAAACUUUAGUAAAAAUUAUUUUAAUCAUUAAAAUCAUGAGUAAAAACACGUUAUUACAUCUUUGAUGCAUCUUACUUCCCAACCAGACGUGGUUCUCUCAUCCUUCCUCACAGACGUGGUUCUUACAUCCUCCCCCACAGACGUAGUUCUUACAUCCUCCCCCACAGACGCAGUUCUUACAUCCUCCCCCACAGACGCAGUUCUUAC